AUGCUCCCAUUCUACGACGAAGAACGCAAACGACGAAUCAACCUAGGCGGCACAUCGCGCUCCACGACAUCCUCCAGCAUCCUCGACCAAGUCCGGAUCCAGCGCCUCCAGCGGGAAGAGCAGAAGAAACAGCAAGACGCCGCUCUAUCCAUCCAAGCGUGGUGGCGCGGGCACCGGGAAUGGAGGCGUGUCAAGACGGAGCUGAGGGGUGCGUGGGAGCUGGAUCCGUUUGGGAUUACGGGGUUGAGAUGUUUGGUUUUACUUGGGAACGAUGAGGAGACGUUGGGACGGUGGUCGGAGAGGAUGGGGCAGGUUGGGAUGGAACAGAUAUUCGCGUUGGCGAAGACGGAGCAUGCGGGGAGUUGGUUGGUCCUCGUGCGCAAAGCUGCUCUUCGAUUGCUGCAAUCCGUUUCUAUAUCGCCUUUAUCUCCUCACGCCGAGAACCACUUGAACCUACUCACGACGCUGCUCUCGACCAAGAUAGCCGCCCGCCACCUCGACUCCUCAGGCGACGAAGCAGUGCGCCAAACCCUCGGAUAUCUCCUUCAACACGACUAUUACACUCAUCUAGGCGAGGCUAUCAAACGCAUACCACUAGAAGUGAAGAAAUCGCCCGCCCUCUCCUCGCUCGUCAGUCUGACAAGCGUUCCACUCACCACCUGGCCAUCGGGGUCGCCCGAGCACGCCUACGCCCUUUCUAGAUUCCUCGCCCGGAUCCUCAGCAUCCCGCUCCUCCCCAACCGCAUAUCGAUCCAAGACCUCCCCCUCUUCCUCUCUCGCAUCCCGCUCGCCAACCUCCACGCCCUCGCUCCACACACACGAUACAUCGUCGAUAAUACCAGUAUAGAAGAGAAGAUCCAUUUGGUAUCCAACACCUCGAUGUUCUUCACGCCCCAUUAUGCAAAGUUUACGAACGAGUCGAUGGGGUGGUAUUUGAGGUUUAUGGCGUCCGUCUUCAACGAGCUACCAGUUUCCGCGUUCGACGCGUCCAAGCAAAAGACCAACGCUACAGGGGAUAAGAAGAAGAAGGGUGGGGAGACAGCAUGGACGCAGACGCCGUACGACUCCGACUCUGACGACGAACGAGGCGGGGUUAUCAAAGUCCAAGUCGUAUCCUCCUUCACCACCCCUCCUCCACCGACCUCAGUCCCACCGCUCGACACUAAAACUCUGACCCGCCUCCAGAAGCUGCCUUCCCAGUCGCACAUCGAAGCGCUCCUCAACCUCGCGAGGAGGUCGCAGAAAGUCCAGGACGCGUUUAUCCUUUACGUGCUAGCGCUGAAUGCGGUGUGGCCUGAGCACCGGGAGAGGGUUCUUACCUCGAUCCUGGCGCUUACUGAGGGUAAUUUGAUAAAGACAUUGUAUAAGGGCGAUGUGAGGAGUUCGCCGUUGGGGAAGGAGGAGCGGUCUGCUGCGUUGUUUGACCCGAAGAACGCAGAUCGCUGGCCACCUCUGCUCUUCCUCGCCGAGCUGUAUGCUCAAGCGCUCGUCACGAUGGGCGACGACGAGUUCUUUUCCUCCUCACCAUCCUCCUCCUACACCACCACCUCUUCCUCCCUCUCCUCUUCCUCCCUCUCCUCUUCCUCCCACCACCACUCCUUGUCCUCUGGUCCAUCAUCCCUGGCCUCAUCUUCGUCCACGACAACGACAACAGCCGUCCGCAACCCCCUCACCCUAGACGAACUAAUCGCCUUCACUCGGCAGUUGUUGAACAUCGCGUUUACGCUUUUUUGGACGGACGAUCAGAGCUCGAUGCAGGUUGGGAGUGUUGGAGGGUUAGGAGGGAGGUAUACGUGGGAGGUUGUUAGGGAGAGGGUGACGCGGUGUUUGGUUAGUGUUCAUGCGAGGGAUUCCAGAAAACCGUUCAUCCCACCCGACGGGUGGCUCGUCACCUCGAAUUUGGAUAUGAAGACGUUCGUGGAGGCUGCUAUUCUCGAAGAAACACAACUCUCCGACCCGGACUCCGCCUCGUCCAUCGCGCUCACCCAACCCUCCUCGUCGUCUCGCACCUCCCGCACGUCGCGCAACAGGAACCUCACGAAACGUUCAAUCGCACUGCUCUCGCCAUGUCUCGGUGUUCUGAACAACAUUCCCUUCUCGAUUCCAUUCGAGAUAAGGGUCUCGAUAUUCCGGCAUUUCGUCCUCAACGACAUGAUGAAGGUUUCGGGUGGGGCUAUGGAUCGGUUCGGGGGUGGAUGGGGAUGGCAUGAUAAGACGCGUAUUAGGGUGAGGAGGGGGCGGGUUGCGCAGGAUGGGUUUGAUAGACUUAGUGAAGUUGAUUUGAAGAAGCCGGUUGAGAUUACGUUUGUGGAUCAGUGGGGGCAGGAGGAAGCUGGUAUCGACGGCGGCGGCGUAUUCAAGGAGUUCUUCACGGACCUGUGCAAAGAGGUGUUCGACACCGAUCGGGGGUUGUGGUUGGCGAAUAAGAAGAAUGAGCUGUAUCCGAAUCCGCAUAGUUAUGCUACUGAACAACAUAGUUUGAAUUGGUAUCGGUUCAUUGGACGCGUGCUGGGCAAGGCGAUGUACGAGGGUAUUUUGGUGGACGUAGCAUUUGCUAGUUUCUUCUUGGCCAGGGUUCCGUGGGACCUCGUUGGUCGUCGCGUCUCCGUCCUGCGACGACGUCUCAUCCUUCCACCAUCCAUCGCCUCCUUCUGCUUCUUGCGGUUCGACGCUAACGCCCUUUCCCUCCACCAGUGGCUCGGCAAACAAAGUUUCCUCGAUGAUCUCGCCUCGCUCGACCCCGAGCUCUACAAGGGACUCAUCUUUUUGAAACACUACAAGGGUAACCCAGAGGAUUUGGCUUUGAAUUUUACUAUUGCUGUUGAUGAACUCGGCGUAACGAAGGACGUCGAGCUCGUCCCUGGCGGAAGCAACAUCACCGUGACCAAAGCCAACCGAUUGGACUAUAUCACGCUCGUGUCGCACUACCGGCUCAAGAAGCAGAUCAAGAAGCAGAGUGAUGCAUUUUUCGAUGGGUUGAGUGAUAUGAUUGAUCCUCGGUGGUUGAGGAUGUUCAACCAGCAGGAAGUCCAAAUCCUCAUCGGAGGCGUCAAUUCCCCUAUUGAUCUUGAUGAUUUGCGACAGCAUACGAACUAUGGAGGGUUGUAUGAUGAUCGGCAUCCUGUUAUUGUUGCUUUUUGGAAGGUUGUCAAUUCGUUCGACCAGGAGCAGCGUCGGGCGUUGUUGAGGUUUGUGACGAGCUGUAGUCGGCCGCCGCUUCUUGGUUUCAAAGAACUCGUGCCGCACUUUUCGAUUCGGGAUGCUGGUACGGACGAGCUUCGUUUGCCAACGUCGACCUUUGUUCGCCACUUUUUGAUGUUCGACGCCUCGUUUCGGAUCUCGCACUCACACCGCGCUCUAUCGUCACCGCCUGCGCUCACCCGUUGCUCGAUCGUCGAUCGCACAUGCCCUAUUCUCUCGCUCUCCCCUUCUGUGUGGGUAAUCCAGCUCCCCAUGUACCCCAACGAGCGCAUCAUGAAGGAGAAGAUCCUCCAUUCUAUCAUGUCGAAUUCCGGGUUCGAUUUGUCGUAG